AUGGGUUGGGUCUAUAACCUCCACCAGGCAGAUCCCAACAGCACGAUCCCGGAGGUGAUCGCGAUCUGCUUGGCAUUCUCCAUUUUCUCUUUCCUGGCCGUUUGUCUUCGAUUCUAUGUUCGCAUGCGGAGCAAGCGUCUGCCGUGGUAUGAUGAUUAUGCUGCACUGGCCAGUUCUCUCUUGACACUCGCAUACGCAGGCAUCGCGGUGGCUCAAACCCGAUGGGGCCAGGGACUGACGGCAGCGUAUUUUCCAAAGGAGAAUGUCAUCACUUUUAGCAAGAUCCAAUAUGCAGGCGGCCCAGUUUACUGUCUCGAUGUGCUCGGCUUUAAGGUGGCCCUGCUGACCUCCUAUCUACGCAUUGCAGGUGUGGUGAAACUAUACCGCAAGAUUAUCAUCGCGGCAAUCGUUCUCUGUGUCGCCAAUCAAUUGAUUUUUGCCUUUAUCAUCUCGAUCUCGUGCAUGCCGGUGGCCAAACAAUGGGAUACAUCGCUGGAAGGCCAUUGUAUCCAAACUCAACCGUUCUACUUCGCCCUAGGUGGCACCAGUAUUGCCCUAGAUGUCAUUAUCAUCGCCCUUCCUCUGCCGGUCCUGUGGAAGUUGCAACUUCGGAAAAGGCAGAAAAUAUUCUUGGUCGCUUUGUUCGCGCUCGGAUUCUUCGUCACUAUCGUCCAGGUUAUUCGUAUCUUCACUGUGAAAGACCUGAAAACAUACACCGACAGCAAAAAUAUUGUUCUUUGGUCGCUAGUGGAGGUUAGCCUUGGGGUCGUUGUCUGCUGCAUUCCCACCUAUGGACCGCUCUUCAAGGCGUUUGCAACCAAUAUAAGCUCUUACCGGAAUCGUUCGUAUCAGCUCGGCUCGAUGCAACAAGAGUCUCGCUCUGCACCGGCGCAUUCCCGCCGCAGGAGCAGGUUCGAUACAAUGCCGGAUCUGGAAGGAAACACAGUUACAGUGAUUGGAUCCGGAAUUGGAAAGACGAUGAAGGAUACGGACAGCGAAGAGCAUAUUCUCUCCGGUGAUGAUAAUCUCAAGGUGUAUGUCACUUCGGAGAUUUCUGUUCGUGAAGCCUGA